AUGGCAGCCCCUUCACUGGACAGUCUUCCCGUCGAGCUCCUCACUCAGAUCAGCAGCUAUUUGUGCCCCCUCUGCUGUGGAAGAUAUCCCAGCAGAUUGAGCCAGAAGCACCUCUCCAGACUCAGUCGAACAUGUCGGCGGCUACGCAACGUGUGCCAACCGCUUCUCUUCGACCACUACCACCAGGCCUCCAAGUCCAUGACGCGUCUUCUCUCUUUCCUCCGGACACUGGAUGCUCGCCCUGAUCUCGCAAAGUGUGUCACUAGCUUAGACUUCCAUGAGCCGGGCCAGUGUGAUACCCUCAACGACGAAGAUCGACAGCUGGUGGAGAGCUGCAUCGCCGGGCUUGGUCUGCCCCAGUUGCCGGUCGACUGGCACAACUAUCUCGGCGUGGAAAGACGACUGAUCUUGACAGAACUGGUGGUCGCGUCGUGCCCUAACCUCGAGGUCCUCAGGGUGCCCAUGAACCCAGAAUGGAUGGUGGGAGUGCUCGACUCGCUUCCAAAGGAUCUUGUCUUUGCGAGGCUGAAGAAGCUAGAUGUUUGGCAUUACUAUAUCAGCGGCGACCACAUGGCUAUUGCAUACAGGAAGAUUCGCGGGCUGUUGCAUGCGGCCCCCAAUCUGGAGCACCUCCGCCUUCCCUCCAUCGAGAUGUUCUACCCCGGCAAGGCUGGAGUACCGACCUUUGAGAAGCUGACGGACCUCGAUCUCGGCGAGGGUGCACCGCCUCCGUACUUUCUCAAGUGUGCUCUCGAGAGGUGUCCGCGUCUCCGAAAGUUCCGGCUACAUUGGGUCAACUCGGACGGAUACGACGAGGAUUCCGAAGAGUGGUCGCCUUUGGACGGGUGGCGCGCCUUGCAGCAUGUUCAGAGCUCCGUCCGCGAGAUCACCUUUGAAGCCGGCAUCGAGUUUCCGGACGGCGACAGUCUUGAAGAGGGCGUUUCGACGCUGCGGGACUUUGUGCAUUUGGAGAUUCUCAAAGUCAGUGGCGUGGCUCUGCAGGCCCUGUAUAAAGUCUGGGCGCAUCAUACGCGCAACGGAAGUAUGGAGCGAUUUGUGUACCAGGUGUUUCCCUCUACGAUUACAGAGCUUACUCUCUGGGAUCCGGAUGCGUCGCUUAUCGAGGCUGUCCUCCUUCUCGCUCGCGAGGCUGCUCGAGAGCCGUAUCCCCAUCUAGCAAGGAUAACAAUUGGUCAGUCAGAGCAUCUGUCGGGAUACAGGUUUGAUGUGGUGCAAUGGGUCAGCCAGGAAGCCACUGUGAGGCGCGAGUUCGAGCGUUCAAGGAUAGAGUUAUGCAUGGAACUGCCGCUGAUCCCUGAUUAUUCGCAAUCCUAUGGUUUUAGAUGA